UUCUGUGGCAAGAUGGAGCCGUGCCAGAUUAGUGCAGCGUUGAUGUGAGUCCCUCAUGGGUGUGAUUUCGCCCGUAAGGGGUUUCGAUCAACGUUUCACGCGCUCUCGGAAACUCUGACAUCAUGGAAACUAGCGCCGGACUCAAGGACAGCGACAUUCGAGCCGAAAAUGAAGCUCUCAAGCUCGAACUGGAGCGGCUCCAUCGUGAGCUCGCUCAAACCAGCCACGAAAAGAUCCAGUCAGCCCAGUACGGUCUCGUGUUGUUGGACGAGAAGCAAGCCCUGCAGCAAAGAUGCGACGAGUUCGAAGCCAUGUACGACACCACGAAGCACGAGAUGGAAAUACUUAAAGAGGCCCUCGCCAAGGUGCAGACGAGCCAGAAAGUGUCCACAACUACUGGCAUUGAGCAGGAAGAGAGCCUUCUCCAGGAAACUGCAACCAAGGAAGCUUCAUUGACCUCCUCUCUUCAAGAAUUGGAAAAGGAACUGAAACAGGUUCGCCAGGAGCUCAGUCGGGUCCUGGCCGAAAAGGAGCGGCUUCAGAAUGAGAACUACGAGAUCAUGAAGCACGGCGAUGUGUCGGACUGGGAGCGCAAGAACCUACGCUCAGAGCUGAAGGACAUGAAGCUCAGGGAACAGAGGCUGCUCACGGACAACAACGAACUCGAGGAAGAGAACAUCUCUUUGCAAAAGCAGGUCUCGUCGUUGCGGUCAUCACAGGUGGAGUUUGAAGGCGCCAAGCACGAGGUGCGCCGCCUCAAGGAAGAGGUGGAAUCGCUGAAUGCCCAGCUCGAGGAGCUGGGCUCACUUCGGCGCAUCGGCGAGCAGCAGCUGGAGGAAGCAUUAGAAGCACUCCAGUCGGAGCGAGAGCAGAAGUACGCUCUUCGGCGGGAGCUGGACCAGCGGCUGACGGCCGAGUCGCCCGUGUUCCACCUCGAUGGUCUCUCCUUCGCGGGCUUUCGGCUCGGAAAUGCCAAUCCUGAUGAGAGCAACCGGGUCGAAGACGAGGAUGGCGACUCGGGUGCACCUGUGCUCAAGCAAAUUGAGGCGGACUUCAUCAACCAACCUAUGGAACAGAAAGGAGAAGGGUCCACAACCUGCCGGCCAUCUACGGUGGGCGACCUCUUCAGCGAACUGCAUCUCACCGAGAUCAGGAAGCUUGAGAAGCAGCUUGAACAGCUCGAGACGGAGAAAGGCCACCUGUCUGGAUGCCUGGAGGAUGCCCAACAGCAGCUGGAGAAGCUGCGCUCAAUACCCGGUGGAGACCAGAGGCUUGUCCUGGCGAGGCUGGUCGGACCAAUCCGGGCCCUCAUUGCUUUGCAUGGCGAGGAAGUGGGCACCGAUGGCGCUGAGAAUGACAUGGACGAUGUGACCAAGUUGCAGAAACUCCUCGACAAGCACGAACAGCGCUACCGUAAGGCCCUCCACCAGAUUGCCCAGCUUCAAGCCGAGCUGGAUGGCAUGGCUGAUAAUGCUGACGGCGAAGCAGACACGGUCAUGAGUGGCAAGCUCCGUGAUGAGAUUGCCAACCUGAAGAACAAGGUUCACGACUAUGAACAAAUCAUGGCAGAAAUUAAGGAGGACUUGAGCGUCGUCAGCGAGUUCACCGAUGAAACACGCAGCAGGCUUGGUGCUGCACAGGAGGAGCUUCUGGCAGUUUCUGAAGAUCUAGCGCAACUGUAUCACCACGUCUGCACUGUGAACGGCGAGACUCCGAGCCGUGUUGUUCUAGAUCAUGCAAAAGGUUCUCGGCCUGCUGAGGAAGGAGAAACUCCGGUGGCCACCGAGGACACUCCCUCUUCAGAGAAGCCACCAUCCGACAGCUCUCCGAUCGAAAAGCUGAAAACCGAACUCUUUCGUCAGGCUCUGCUCCGCGAGAACGCUGUCGACCCAUCGCAGUGUGCAACGCUCAGCGAGACACUUCGUGACCAAGUGCGGCACUUACGUGUCGCCGUGGAAACAACCAUGGAGAUGGGACGCAGUCGCGCGCCCCCAAUCGGCGACGGUAUGGCCGGCACUGCCGAGGAGGAAGAACUCCAGGAGCAGGUCAUCAAGCUCAAGUCACUCCUGUCGACGAAGCGGGAACAAAUUGCAACCCUUCGUGCCGUGCUCAAGGCCAACAAGCGGACCGCCGAGGUGGCCCUCACCAACCUCAAGUCCAAGUACGAAACUGAGAAGGCAGUUGUCAGCGAGACCAUGACAAAGCUCCGGCACGAGCUCAAGUCUCUCAAAGAGGACGCCGCGACGUUCGCUUCGUUGCGCGCCAUGUUUGCGGCACGGUGUGAAGAAUAUGUGGCUCAGCUCGACGACCUCCAGAGGCAGCUUGCAGCUGCUGAGGACGAGCGCAAGACCCUCAACUCGCUGCUUCGCAUGGCGAUCCACCAGAAGCUGGCGUUGACGCAGAGGCUUGAAGACAUGGAGAUGGACCGGGAGCGAUCGCACAUGCGAAGGCACACGGGCACGCCACGCCGAGGCCCCUCGCAGCAGAGCGGUUCGGCACAGCAGCAGCAACAGCAAAGAGGCAGUCCCCACCACUCUUCGUUGCCAUUCUUCGGUUAUGGUGGCAGUCACCAGCGUAGGGACUACUGAAUGCAAGAAGCUGCAGCACGGCCGACAGGCGAGUCAAGCUGCAGGGUCGACGCAGUGAUUGGUCAGGCAUGAGGCUGCGCCAUGAAUACUGCAUUGAUGAAUCACAGCACGGCUGAACGACCCUUUUGCUUCCAGACACAUUUUGACGACAGCUGGCGCCAUGGCUAUCGAUCAGCUGCUGUGAAUACACUUCUGCUUCUUCCAGACACGUCUUGCUGACGACUGGCCGUGGCUGUUGACCGGCUGUUAUGAAGACAUGAAAGGGAAUACCUGUUACGUAUGGUUUUCUUUACCAUGGCAGCUGGUGCUGCUCUUUCUGGAGAUGUCUUGCAGGAACAUGACGCAAACUUGCAGAAGUCUGGCCGUAAUCACCAGCCACCAUCAAGGCAAUGGGCAGCUGAAAUGAAUUUUAUACCGUAACAGAAGCAGCAGACGUGGCCACUGUAGGGCGCUCCGAGGAGGUGCAGUCAUGGCCGCCGACUACAUUUCCCAUCGGGACAAUGGCGGCAUCUUCUGUCCCGAGUGUGGUCGUUAACGGUGACUACUCAAGAGCGCUUGUGACGACGAAAGGAAAUUCACAACUUCCGAGAGGCUGUACCAGUGUUGUCUGGUGAAGCUUGGUGCUCCCCCUGUCAUCCCGAAGAUGCGUGUCAUAGUUUGAUGAAAACUGAACUACGAUAAAAUUGACGUUCACAUCAGCAUUCGCAUGUGAGCGCAGAGUGGGCAGGACAGACCUGUUGGUACCUCUUUCGUGCCCUUCCGUCGGCCUGGUUGAAAGAGUGCAAGCAAAAAAUAGAUUUUCUUCUUACCCUCGUCCAGCCAGCGGUCAUGAUAAGUCCCUUCAAGAUGCGUGACCGGUUUCACUCUGAAAGAGGAAGCACCUUGCCCCGGUACCUUUAAUCUUGUCAUUGAGCCAGUCCUCGACAGUUUAUACUGUGCAGAAAUCAAAGCGUGCUGGCCGCUUUGAAGCAGGUGGCUUUCAUUUUAACCAGUGAAGCUGAAUUUCACGCCACGUUUUAAGCAGCUAUUUUUCACUCGUGCAGCAGCUGAGAACAGUGUUUUUGCUGUUGCAUCCGGAUAUUGCCACAAGCAGCGAAACGUCCACAGGGCCAACAUUUCUCUCGAAACUGAGUUCGGGCUUUUUCGACAUUGUGUCAACUGGCUGGCCAGCCGGCUAAGCAACUUGGACACUUUUUUGGCAUGUUACACCGCCCACUGCUGUUGCUGUUAAUAGGCUGUAUCAUAUGUGUCUGCUUCGUGUCAAAAAAACUUGUGAAAUGCGUGGUGGGUUGGUACUUAAAGGGUGUCGUAUAUUUGACAAAUGCAGGAAAUAUAGGGAAGUGGCUAUGGCUUAUUGUGUGGUGAGUUUUUUUUUUUUUUUUUUCAGGCAUUCUAGUUUAUGGUGAAACGAAUGUGUCAUGUCAAUGAGGCAGUUCUGGCUGUGCAGUAUUUUCAAACAUGGAUAACAGGGAGCACUUAAAUGUCAGAGUGCAGAACUCCCCUCUGACUCCAUUUUAUUCCAGCAGAGAACAUAUGACCUAAAAAAAAAGUGUGCAUGUCAGCGGCAUAGAGGACGUUGACAGAAAAGCGUUUUGUUUAGUCGUUCCACAAUGUGGAAUGGAGUGCAUUCCAAUCAAGGGAAGAAGUUGGGGGGUGCCCAAGGCCAAUGCCAAAGUGGUAUUUAAGAGUGCGUGCUAAUUGUGCUAAUGUAGUUAAAUAUUCCGUUUUAUAUUUACAUAGAUAGCAUGUUUUAUCGUCAUCGUCCAGUUUUAUAUGCAAGUUCAUGUGUUUGAAAAUGAGCGUCCGUCUUGGCACUUUUUGGUUAGGUUAUUUCCUGUUUUUGUUGUGGGGACUAGCCUGUGCUGCCUGCAUAUCUGUAAUGGGCAGUAGUUUAUACACCAUCCCCUAGUAAUAAUUUCUCUAGUGACUUACCGGCAUUACGUGGUGGCAGCUUUCAUGCUACAGAAGAUUGUACAGUAGUUUUUGCCCGUUUAUUUCUUUGCAUACAUUUGCACUAGCAGUAGCUUAGCUGUGCUAGUUAAGAGUUUAUGGAGAAGAUGCAUUUUUUGUGCAGUGUGAAGGUGUUUUAUAUUUGUUUUUAGCUCUGCUCACAAGCACAUUUUGUUAAUUUUAGUGCUGUAAAAAAAAAAAAGUGAUGCCCUCUCGGCUAAUAUUGUAACCAUUUUAUCAUAGGUUACCCUACCCAUUUGCCUCUAAUGAACUGUUUGAAAACAAUAUGUGCAACAUGUAAUAUGUGUUUGACACGUAGGGCAAUGCAAUGCUUUCACAAUUCCGCUCAGUUGAAGCAAGUUAUACCUCUUGUUACGUGCUUGGCAUUUCCUGUUGUAUGCAGUGCGCUUUAGUUUGAUCAUGUGAGCUGGAAUUGAGGGACAAGAUUGAACAUCUUUUCUAAGGGUGGCAUCUUGUUUUCAACGAUCUGCUACUGUGUUCGCAUGGUUUCUUUUCAAUAUGGUUCCUUCCUUGAUUCAUGGCUGCUCUGAUCAGCUCAGCUCUGCUAGCCUAGUACCAAAAUAAAUUUGACCGAUGCCAACCGGAAUGACAGCGUGAAUGUGUGCUGUGCGUGUAGUGGAAUUUAAUAUUGAAGUGCCUAACUACUGACUGUGCCUUCCCAUGUCCGACCCCCAUUUGAGUUUGUACAACUCGUUUCUCCCCAAGGCUUGAAUGAUGUGCAAGUUGCAUGUUUGUAGAACGGCAGUGCUACUUGUUGUAAAAGAAAAAAAAAAAAAAAAUUACUGCUUCCCAAGGAUUUUGCGGUUUUGUUUUUGGGCACAUGUCGGCAGUGCUUUGUCUUGUGCUGUGCCCUUCUUGUUGAGAAUGUGAAGAAAGGAAGCCGUCUGGAGUUGCCGUCCUGCCGUGGUGUUUUCUUUUUCGCAGGGCCUACUACAAGUUUUGUCCAAAUGUAUUGUUUUCGUGUCACCGUCUCUUGGACUCUUCUCGAGAAGCUGCUUGCUAUGGAGUGGUGUGUUUAUUUAUAUUUUAUGCAAAAUAAAAACUACAAGGUGCUUGUUGUGAGGUGA